CACGCGAACUGCAGCAGUGGUGUGUGGCAGGCAGUAGUAGUGCAGCAGCCGACGAUCGCGCGAAUAUAGUCGCGCUUUGGAGCUUUGCCAGUAAACAUUAACGUACAUUAUAGCAGCACGACGAUAUUUUAUAAUAAUAAAGUUUUGCACCGAUGGGGUCUCGCCACUUUCGUUCUCGGCCAGUCGAAAGAUGAAGAAAGAUGUACACGCGCUUUUUUGUGUCAGAGAUUGUCAUUACGAUUCGUACGCUAGUAUAGUGGCAUAGCAACUCUGUGAUCCAUAUACACUCCGUCGUGAUCAAUCGGUCCCUGACAUCGACGGACAAUUGGUCGGUAUAUAUAUAGUGACCAGCAGUAGCAGCGGACCAUGUGCGCCCGAGCAUCGUCAUCGUCAUCGCGCCCAUGACGACGACAACAACAUCUGCGGAUUUUUUACCGCGUUGGUGGUGCACAUAGUCGAGGCGAGUCGAGCGCGCGAAAUUUUACAGACACCACAUCAUACAUGUAAUAUAUGAAAUUCAUCAGCGAAAGAGAGCGAGAUAGGACAGGCGCGCGUAUGUAUAUAAGAUGAUAAUAUGUAUAUAGGGAGUGAAUCACACGCACAUCCCGAACUUCCUGUCCUUUCAUGUGUGUACAUUAUAUACGAAGCUCUCUGCCACUACUACUACUGCUAGCUACUGUUGCGGCGAAACGCGUUGCUACUGCUGCUGCUCCGUUAAUGUAUAUCACAUAGCAGCGGAGUACUUUGCGCGUUAAUUUCCCCUCUUUCUCUCCCUUUAAAAAACAUAAUACUGUGACACGCAACGUGUAGCCAUCCGAUAAAGAGAGAGAGAGAGAGAUAGAGGAGCGCGGCUGACACAUUUUAUUUAAACAACGCGUAUCGCGCAAAAGAAGCCAAGUCGUUUUUCGUCGUGCGCACGGACGGUAUACAAGAGAAAGAGGAGAGCGAACGACGAAUUAUAAUAAUUCGUCCCCAAGAUGACGACGAUAGGAGGAAGAGGCUGCUUAUCCAAGACAACGACUUAUCUAGCCAGCCCGGCGGUGGUGUCGCUGCUGACGAUAAUAACAAUAAUAACGUCACUGGCGCCGUGCACGAGCGCCAACAUGACGUGCUACAGGUGCACGGUGCACCCGCCCCAGUACCAGGGCGACGCCGAUCAGCCCUGCCAGCAGUUCGACGCCAGCGAGAGAUUCCAUCAGGUCUGUCCGGCCUCGACGUUCUGCCUCAAGCGCAUCAUACCCUACAGACUGCCCAACGGAACGAUGACGACGACGUUCGAGCGCGACUGCGCCCCCCAAAAGUACGCCAUCACCGAGUACAAUUACGAGCUGCGCGAGUGGAUACGCAACGAGCGGAUCAAUCGCACGGCCUACCAGGACGGCUGCUACGCGGGCCAGAAUCGCGGCACGCCCAACGGGCCCUCCACCUACUGCUACUGCUCGUCCGAUCUUUGCAACGACGCCGAGGCCCACAGACCCUCGAGCGCGCUUUAUUACGCUCUGGCGAUCGUCGUGGCCGUCGUCGCGCGAUCGUGAAGAAAAAAAAAAUAAAAUAAAAUAAUGAUAAUUAUCGCGUCGCGCGUACAAUAAUUUACGGUACAAUAACGAUUAAAUGUGAUAUUAAAGUUACGAAAUAGCCUCGGUAAUAUAUAUUUAUAUAGUUAAGAUUGUUAAAGAGAAUCUCGUAUAAUGAUAUAUACCGUUGAUCUCUAUUGUUUGAUUCUGCGGACAAUGUUGUUGCGCGUUAGAGCUUUUGCAUUUGUGCAUUGAUAAUAGUACAAUGAAAAAAAAAGAAGAAAAAAUACACAUAUAAUAUAUUAUAUAGUUGGUUAAGUGUAUCUA